AUGCUUCUUUCCGGGCUGCUUCUGGGUCUGGCUGCCCUUAUUUGCCCUACUGAAAGUGGUAAUUGGGGAUGCUAUGGAAAUAUCAGAAAUAUCAAUACUCCUGGAGCUUCAUGUUUAAUUGCAAGAAGACGAGGACUGAAUUUCUGUGGAGUUCGUGCUUCUGAAAGGCUGGCUGAAAUGGACUUGCCAUACGUGCAGAGAUAUCAACCCACACUGAGGCUAGUUGGCCGAAAAUACUGUUUGGAUCCUGCUGUGAUUGCCGGUAUCAUGUCUCGGGAGUCAUAUGGAGGCAACGUCCUUGUCAGUGGGGGAAACGUAGCCAGUGGAAUUGGUUCGGUGCAGCCUGGUGUUAUCCAGCAAAUUCCUACAUAUUGGACUAGUGAAACACGGGCUGGUCAGGUUUCAGAAAUUCUGACUACGAGAAUCAAGGAAAUUCAGAGAAGAUACCCAACAAUUUCUGCUGACCAGUAUCUGAGAGGUGGACUCUGUGCCUACAGUGAAGGGCCAGGAUAUGUCAGAAGCAAUCAAGACUUUAGCUGUGACUUUUGCAAUGAUGUCUUGGCUCGAGCCAGAUAUUACAAGGGUCAUGGAUUCUAA